CCGCUCGGGAGGGCUCUCUCACACACAUUUCCUACACACACUGUUCCGUGAAGACGAGCGGGGGAGAUAUGAGAACGGGGCGUCCUCCCUCUCCACUCUUCUAAAAACACACUGGCCGCUUCUUGUAAGAUUACCGCCGGAGAUCUGACACACACUCUUUCAAAAAGACAUACAAACACAAACUCAUCAGGGGGAGACGAACCAGCUGAGAUUUGUUUUCAAACUGUCCCCCGAUGGCUGCGUGACAGGUCCACUGAACGCGCAAGAAGACGCACACGGUUCCAGGAUUUGGACUGCUUCACGCAUUUCUUUCCCUGUCUUGAGUCGUUUUUUAUUAUCGUGUGUUGGGAACUUCGUUCAAUCAUGGAUACCUACAGCUCCUUCACCGCUCUACUUUUACUUCUGGCUUCGUUAAAUAGUGUGUCAACCGUGCAGUUCCCGUCGCCACUUCUGAUAAAGGAAUGGGUGGAGCAGAUGCAGCAGGAGCUGGUCACACUGACGGACACAGCCAGCGGAGUGCAGAACCUCAUACAGAUCUUCCAGAGCCACAGGAAGUACUUCAGUGUGGGGUCCAACGAUGCCAGCCAGCUAGUGGCUAAUGCAGCGGGGAACAUCGAGAAUCUCCUGGCCAACCGUUCUCGUGCUCUCAAGGUGAGUACCAUAUGCAGGCCAUGGAAGACCUGGGAAAUGUUCAGCUUCCAGGAAUUGUGCACAGAUCUUUGCAAUAUGGGGCUGUGCAUUAUCAUGCUGAAACAGGAGGUGAUGGAGCUGGGUCUGGUGAUCACAGGAACACUUCCAGUUUUCAACAAGACCAACACCAAAGCUGACAAAGAAAGGGGACUACAGAGGCCCCAAAACCAGCUGAUCCUGGGAGUGAUGGCCAUCGAUGUGUCUCUGGACGACAUCAAAAGAUUAACACCGAGAUUUACAUUUGGACCAAAUGGUUAUUACUUUGCCAUUGACCCCAACGGUUACGUCUUGCUGCAUCCCAACCUCUGCCCAAAGAAUCCUAAAUUUCAGGAGCCUGUAACGCUGGACUUCCUGGACGCUGAGCUGGAGGAUGAGAUUAAAGUAGAGAUAAGAACGAACAUGAUUCAUGGAGAAACCGGCCACCGCACCGUACACACACUAGUGAAGUCCCAGGAUGAGCGGUACAUAGACCGAAGCGAAAGAUCGUACACAUAUGCCCCUGUAAAGGGUACAGAUUACAGUCUAGCCUUGGUCCUUCCAGUGUACAGCCUGCAUUACAUCCACACUACUAUCGGAGACACCAUCACCCAGGCCAAAUUGGAAUUGGUCUCUGAAAGCCUGCAGGAAGACAAGUUUGAGGAGUAUGGAUACACUCUCAUUGCACCAAGGGAGUACUGUAAGGAUCUGAAGCCGUCUAAAAACAACACAGAGUUCCUGAUGGACUUCAACGAGUACAUCGACAGGAAGACUCCCAACAACCCACUGUGCAACGUGGAUCUGGUGAACAGAUUGUUGCUGGACGCUGGCAUCACAUCAGACCUCGUUAAGCAGUGGAGAGAUCAGAUGCCAAAUGGAGUCCUGGCCAGGUUUGUGGCCACUGAUGGAGGAAUCACUCGCAUUUAUCCCAAGAGUGCUGGACUAGACUGGACAGAGGACCCAGAGACGUACGAGUCAAGCUUCUAUAAGAGAAGUCUGGACAAUGACAUCUACAUCUUCACACCAACACCCUACCAGGAGGACACCAACAUAACUGAGGACUCAGUCCUGGUGAGCAGAGCAGUGAACCUGGACAUUGAUGGAGUCAGACUCAAACCAGCAGUUGUGGGAGUGAAACUGGACAUCAAUACCUGGAUGACCAACUUCAUCAAUGCUACUCUGAAGAUGAACUGUAAGGACGAGAUCUGUGGUUGUCAGAGGAAUGAUGAGCAUGUGGACUGUGUCAUCCUGGAUGAUGGGGGAUUCCUAGUCAUGGCCAAUCGGGAUGAAUACAUCGGUCAGAUCGGCCAGUUCUUCGGGAUGAUCGACCCUAUCCUCAUGGUCAACCUGGUCAACAUGUCUCUGUUCACGCUCAACAAGACGUACGACUACCAGUCGGUCUGCGACCCCAAGAGGGAGAGCAAAGGGUCCGCAGCGGGCCUGCGCUCAGUCUACGUGCCCACCAUAGCAGACAUUUUGAACGUUGGAUGGUUAGCAUCAGCAGCAGCCUGGUCGAUACUACAGCAAUUAUUGGUUAGCAUAGCAUUCCCUAAUUUCCUGCACGCAGCAGACACCGAUGACGAAAUACCUGACAUGUCCAAGGAGAGCUGUAUCACGGAGCAGACUCAAUACUUCUAUGACAAUGAGGAAAAGUCCUUCAGAGGAACACUAGACUGUGAAAACUGCUCCAGGAUGUUCCAUGCUGAGAAGCUGUGGAAGACCAACCUGGUGUUCGUCAUCGCCGAUGCCAAGCUCACCUGCAUGUCAUGUGACCACAAGCCCUUAAUACAGGCCGAGCAGCCUUCUGAGGGACCAGACCCAUGUGAAAUGGCUGAGAAACCAAGGUUCCGAAAAGGUCCAGAUGCCUGUUUCGACAACAACGAGAGGGAGGAGGACUUUGACUGUGGUGGGGCGUCCGCUCUGAGCCCGUCCCUGUUGGCCAUGGUGGCGCUGCAGCUGGCCCUGCUCUGGCUCCUGGCCGGCUCAACUCAUCACGCCGUCCCCUCGUGACCUCUGAAGACCUCGGUUGCCCCUGGCAACCGGCAUGCAACGCCGCCUCAAAACGCCGAACGCUAAAACAAAAAAAACAUCUGAAACCACUUCCUGACAGAUCUUCUUUUGGGAUAUUUGCGUUUUUCAAGGGUUUCGUUACAUUUCUUCUCCCAGGGGUGGGAGAAGGUGAGGAAAGUUAACAUCAGCAGGAUGUAAAAAAAAAUUCUAAGCGAUAACUUUUAUCCCUGACCCCUGACCCCUGACUUUUCCCCUCCAGCCAUCUGAGCUUCCAGCCAUCUGAGCUUAGGGAGAUUGAGGUGAUUGAGUGGUGAACUUUGACCUUUGUUUGGUUCGACGAUGACAACCCUACGAAUGCUACAGGUUGGACUGCCUUACAGUGCCAGGGGGAAAGUGAAAGGACUGCCUCUUCAUUUUGGGUUCCUUUUAGGUUUUGGGGGGUUUUGUGAUGUUCUAAAAGAGAUCCCCGUUGAUUUUGAUUCAGCACUGCCAGAAACAGUGCUGCACUUCGCAACAGUCCCGUUGUGUUUGUCACAAAGUUAUUUAUUUAUUUCUAAACGUUUUGCAGUGGCUUGUUACUCAGUAUUGAAAUGUGUGUUUGUUUUGUUCAAGUUGCAAUAAGUUGUUUAAUAGGAAGUCAGGAACCAGAAUGUGUUUUAUUUUACACUGGGGUGCUGUUGGCAUUAUUCUGUUCGUUUCAACUCCCAUUUAAAAGUAGCAACACAUUUACAUUCACGCUGCUGUCCUUGUAUAGAUGUGGUGUACAACGAUCAUAUUCAUUCACAUACAUGUGGUCACAUAUGAACCCUUUUGUCCCCACUCACUGUCCCCUGUUUGAAGUGAUGGAUCCCUUUCUGUUUGCGGUCAAUCACUUCUCACUCAACCUUGACCACAAAUGGUCAAUGUCAGGUCCUACCAUCUUGGUAUCUGGUCCCUCAUCAUUGCCAAAGUGCAAUUGACCAAUCAGGGCACCCCGGCUGGCCUCUAGUGCGCUCAUUGGUCUAAUCUCUAGUGCCAUGUUGAUUCUUAGUCAGACAAACCCUAGCUUUAUUUAUUUGAUUGCGUGGCUACUGACCUGAAGGAAACUUGAUGUGUUUGGUAUUUAUUUGAAUAUUUAAGUUUGUUUUUGUUUUUUAUUAGGAUGAAGGGCAUAGCUGCAUGCUAGUGUGUAAUGUUGGCUUUAAUGCCAUUAUUUUUUGAUUGAUUUCAAUGUGUCAAUGCAAUGGAUAUAAAAUGAAGAGAAAGAGUAGGAGGGAUGUAGGAAAUGUAGACUUGGUACAUGACAGUUUAUUUGUGCUUGCUCAUGUAUCACUUCUUGAUUUGAGUAUCGUUGAAUACGUGACUUGCAACUACAAGGAUCUGUCUUUCUCACAAUGUUCUGCUCGCUAUUGAAGAGAACAUUUCCCCAAAUCAAAAACAAUUGCACCUCGUUGCAAAGUGAAUUUCCCCCUUAAAACGUAAAUUGCUUUAAGACCUAUUGGAAAUGUCUAUCAAUACACUCCAAUCUAAAUUCAUUCAUACCAGUGUGGAUAUCAGUUCUGUUGUACUUUCUUAGUUUUUGUGUGCCUUGUGGUUCUGGUACUUUAAUAACUUUAUGAAUUAGAGAUUCAAGACAGAUUGACAAUAGGAUACUGUCUUUCUGAGUGUACUAUACUAUGGUAUACACCUGCUAACUCUUUUCUCCACAAGAACAGCUACCAACAUACUACAUGAGAAAUAACAGAAAUGUGCCUCGUUUUAUUCAGGACCAAAUCUGGACCCGUCAAUCAUCCUAGCCAAAUGAUGCAGUGGAAUAACUUUGAGUGAAAGAGACAUAAGGUUAAGUUUCUUUAUUCAACGUUGUAGAAAAACGGUUUUAUUGAAACACGGUUUUAUUAUCAUGUCAGAAUAUCAACAAUUUCUCUCUAAAUUGAUUGUAUUCGUUUAAUUUUUGAACAUGGUUCAAAAGAGGGACAUGGUAGAAAUGCUUUAAAAAAAUUGUUUUUUUUCUUUGUGAUGCAAUUCAGCUUGUUCGACUGGGACGUGAUCUGAUGGUCGAUUUAGUGUUACUGAUCUGUUGUAGAGCAAAUAUAGAGGAGUUCCUGGCACUGAAUUGACCUCUUAAGCACUAAACAAGAUCAUUUCAGACAAUCGAUUCGAUUGACAAUCAUAGUUUCCGAUAACUUGCUUAAGACUAGUAUUAGUAAUACUUCAUUGAAUUAAUUGCUGUAAAUGAAAAUGCAAACAACUGCCAAAACAGGGACUUUAAAGGAGCCUUGGGCUAAUGUCAGAAACAUUCACACAUUGUUUCCUUUGAAAACAGAGGCAUAUGGACUCAGGAAACCACAUAGUCAAUUCAGUGUAGAGUUGGGAAACUACAUGAUUACGCUGUGUGGUCUCUAGUACCAUUCAAAUACCCACACCUCAUUAUCAUGGCUUAAAUUAUAAUUACAAAGCGUUCUUACAUCACCCAGAAUAAAAUCCAUCUGGACUUUUUCCAUUUCUCUGAAACACUGAAGAGAAAGGGGACUUUUGUUAUUAUCCCAGUCUUAAGCUAUGAUUAUUUGCCAAUAUGUUAUGUGGCGAAACUCGAGCACCAUCACCAAAGGUGGACUGCUGUCAUGUCCGAAACUAUACGAGUGGUCUGAGGUGACAUUUAGGGUCCCUUAUUGGUUGUUUCAAUGUUCUGUGGGGAAACUAACUAACAUCUUGUAUUUAAGACCCUCAAUAUCUAAGAACAUUCAAGAAUAUCAAGUGCCAUAGGACUCUCUUUCUCUGUUUACCGGGAAACCUAUUACUAACGUUUAUGCAACGUUUAGGAUUGAAUAAGUGCAAAUCUCAUCUAUUUUCCCUGUGUUGCAUGAUAAUGCCAUGAUACUGUAUCAGUGGCAGGCAAUGAGAUAAAGUACCCUCUUUCUUCUCUUGCUUUGGUGUGUAUUGUUGGGAUGGGAAGCAUAAUACCGUGGGUUUGUUGGGUGUUUGUUUAUGAUAUGAUAACGAUACAGCUUCUACUGCCUUUCUCUUGAGGAGACAGCAUUUGGUAGCGCCCUGGUCUGAGUGAGCGCAGUGGCCUAGCGGUUAGAGCGUUGGGCCAGUAACCGAGAUGUCACUGGUUCGAAUGCACGAGCCGACAAGGUGAAAAAUCGGUCAAUUUGCCCUUGAGCAAGGCACUUAACCCUAAUUUGCUCCAGGGGCGCUGUACUACUAUGGCUGACCCUGUAAAACAACACAAUUCACUGCACCUCUCCGGUGUAUGUGACAAUACAUUUGUUUUCCUCUGUCACGGGUUGUCACAUUCAAGACCAGACUAGACCCUUGGGAAAUGGUGUCUGGUUAUUUCAUGCCUCUAAGGGCUCAAAUCAGAUGCUGCCACCUCAGGAGUAACAUAUUAGCAGAGUGAUUGGAAGUGUUUUUGAUGCUGUGGUUCUCUGUGUGGAUUGUGUGGGUUAUGCUUUUUCUGGACUCUUUUAUUUUUAAAUCAAGAACUCAGUGUGUUUUAAGGGGAGUGUUCUAUGCCUGCCACACUAUGUCAGGCUAUUGGUGGGACCGCCCCCCAAUCUUUCUCUGCCAGCGUUUUCAUGGCAGACCAUUGGUGGACAUGCCCACUUAUCUCCCCUUGUCAGCCUCCCUUUUGACAGGCUAUUGGUGGGCCUCCGCGUCAAUCUCCCUUGAUUGUGCUUUUAAUAUGUUACACUUUUGUGGAACUUGAUUCACCUGAAUCAGUCAUGUAUAAAUUUGUACGAUACUGUUAUUAUUCUCGGACGAAAGAAAGAAAAUAGUAAUGUUUAUGAUCCUGGAAAAUGCUUAUUCAUGUGCAAAUACAGUAUAUUCCGAAUAAAAGUUUCUCAGUA